CUUUCUGCUCUUCCUUUGCAGGAGACAUGUUUGCUAGGAGCCCUGUCCUCAACCAGUCCGGCCCCACUGAGUUCGUGUUCCGCGUGUUCACCACGGUCCCUGAAUUCCAGGCCCUCCUCUUCCUCCUCUUCUUCCUCCUCUACUUGAUGAUCCUCUGUGGCAACACAGCCAUCAUCUGGGUGGUGUGCACACACAGCUCGCUCCGCACCGCGAUGUACUUCUUCCUGUGCAACCUGUCUUCCCUGGAAAUCUGCUACACCUCGGUAGUGGUGCCUUUGAUGCUUUCUAACAUUUUGGGAGCCCGGAAGCCCAUUCCACUGGCUGGCUGUGGGGCCCAAAUGUUCUUUUUUCUCACCCUUGGCGGCGCUGACUGUUUUCUCUUGGCAAUCAUGGCAUACGACCGCUAUGUGGCCAUCUGCCACCCACUGCACUACACCCUCAUCAUGACCCAGAAGCUGUGCGUCCAGAUGGUGGUGUGCGCCGUGGAGCUGGAGCUGCUCCUCUCCCUGCAGCUCACAGCCUUAAUCUUCACCCUGCCCCUCUGCGGGCACCGCCGGGAAAUCAACCACUUCCUCUGCGACGUGCCCCCGGUCCUGCGGCUGGCCUGCGCGGACAUCCGCGUGCACCAGGCCGUCCUCUACGUGGUGAGCAUCCUCGUGCUGACCAUCCCCUUCCUGCUUAUCUGUGUCUCCUAUGUGUUCAUCGCCUCGGCCAUCCUGCGCAUCCGCUCGGCCGCCGGCCGCCGCCGGGCCUUCUCCACCUGCUCGUCGCACCUCACCGUGGUCCUGCUGCAGUAUGGCUUCUGUGCCUUGUAUGGCUGUUGCAGCCUGGUCUACCUGCGUCCCCGCUCCAGCACCUCAGAGGACGAGGACCGCCAAAUCGCCCUGGUCUACACCUUCGUCACCCCCCUCCUCAACCCGCUGAUUUACACCCUUAGGAACCAGGAUGUCAAAGGUGCCCUGAGGAAUGCGGUCCUCGGUAAAGCAGCCUCUGACGCCAAUUGA